UUUAGACGAGAUUUAGGAGAUUAGUGUAAAAUUAUAACUUUGAAUUAUUGUUUCAUGCAUUUGAAUCAAGUAGAUCCAUUUUCUAAUCUUUGUUUUAAUCAAUUAAUUUAUCGGCAUUCAUCGCUAAAAAUCACGCGCGGAAGUCGUGGUAGAUUCUACGGUACCGCUACGUAGCCACAGGGAGAGCAGCAGCGGUGAACUUUGACAAGCCGAGUGUAGGCUCCGCUGCAUGCAUGCAUGCUCUGCCUCUCAUGAUAGGAUCUGCAGCCAGCGGAGCGGAGUAGAGACCAUGCACUCUACAGCUCCAAUCAGUGCACUAAGCUCACCUGUGUAGACAGAACUUGACCUUUGAACCCCAAUGAGCUUCUUGGACGACGUCUCCUCGUUCUCAAAGGGAGCUCUGAAGAGUGUAGAAACCUGUGUGAGACGAGAAGACGAGACCCGUGUCUUGGAGGCGCGGAAUGCAUCUGGAGGGUUUUCCGUCUUGACAGACAAAAAGCCGGAAAGCAGCGCGGGAUCAGACAUGGAGUAUGGAUUCGUUCCAGACUACGAGCCAGACCUGCAGAUCGUGCAAGUCAGGCCAUAUCUAUACAUGUCCUCCUGUGAUGUAGCGUAUAAUCUAGAGAUCUUGAAGUACCACAACAUCACCCACAUCUUGAACGUAGCCAACCUUAAUAACGUCUACCCUGAUCAUUUCACCUAUAAAAAUCUACCAAUCUGGGAUCUUCCUGAAGUUAAAAUAACCAAAUUUUUCAAGUAUGCAAUUGAUUUUAUCAACCAAGCGAGAAGUACCGGGGGUCGUGUUUUGGUGCACUGCAAUGCUGGCAGGUCUCGUUCAACGACCAUCGUCGUAGGUUACAUCCUGGCCGACGAGCGAGCCCGCAUCAGUAAAACCCUUGAAGAGAUCCGCGUACACCGUCCUUGCGUAAGACCUAACGAGGGCUUCAUGCGUCAGCUGGAGGAGUAUGAGACGUCUAUACUUGCAGAGGAUGCGGCACCGACAUAACGUUUAUGUGGAGCUGCUUCGAGGUGCGUUGCUUCCUAGCAGAGUGGUUGUAGGUGUUGCGUGUUUGUCUUGUGUAUAGGUGAAUCAGAGCCUGCUAUUUAUCAGAGAUUGGACAGCGUGUGUAUUGGGUUUUUACAGACGUGUAUCAAUCAGAUAUGAUUAUUUACGUCUGGGGACCGACCUUUAAACGUCACCAUCCGAAAGAUGUGACUCAGUUUCGAACCUGCGUCCCAAGCUGAAUCAGUUUAUAACUUCCAUUGUUAGCUGGAUUACAGGCGCACGCCACUAUGCCUAGUUGCCCCUAUCUCUCUUUUCAAUGGGACUCAUAAAACCCUUCUUUGCCAAAUUUACAUCCUAGCACACAUUUUCUCUUUGAUAUUAUGUACAGCAGGUAAGCCUUGCCAAAUUUGCUCAUUGCCCUUGGAAAUAAAAAGCUGUGCCAAAAUUCUGUACCAAAUUCUGGAAUAUUGUUACAUGAAUUCUAAAUGUUUGAUGCAUUUGAGUGUGACCAAAAUUUUUUUUUUUUUUUGAAGCACAUUCUUAUUCAAAAAGGCACCAAGCGGUCCAAUUUAGGGUUACUUUCUGUUCAAAUUCUAUGUGAAUAUCUUUGAAACCUAAGAGAAGAGACAAAUCCAUUUUCAUGAAAAAAUGUAGCUAGUCAAAUCUUGCACACUAACAUUUUUGAAGCAUUUUUAGAUAUAUUAUGUUUGCAAAUAUAGCUCUCUUAGAGUAAACAUGUACAUGAGAUCGUAUAAAUGUUACCUGUAGUUAUAUAAAAACGUAUUUCAUGUCAGAACAAACAUUCUCAAAGAUGACAUAUUUCAACCUUUGAUCCCACAUGGGCCAUGUGAAGCCGUCUGUUUGGAAAACAUGUUUUGAUAAAGAUUUUUAUUCCAGAACAUUGAACUUCAAACAAAUACGCCCUAAGUAUACCAGAAUAGUGGCAAUUUAUGGUGCCAAUGUUUCUGUUGUUUACUCUGUACAUCAUUGUUGGUUUUCAAAGAGGUAAAGCCCUAAUACUAUAAAGCUAUUAUUUGAAAUAUGCAUUAGUUUGCUAUUGAGAAUGUACACUGUCUUUAUGACUUCGGGGGCCACUGAAAUCAUGAGAAAAGUGAUUAUAGGGCUUGAAUGUGAUGAAGUCGGAUAUAUAGUACCGUAGUGCAUGAAUGUAAUAUUCUUUAGCAUUCCCGAGUCGAUCCCCCCCCCCCCCCUCCCCCACUUUUUCAGGGACAAGGAAUCCCUAGAAGUUGCAACAAAUAAUGAGACCCUCUCAGCCUCCCAUGUUAUUUGGUCGCAUACAAGUCUUUGAGAAAAUAUUUUAGAAAUAUGUUUUCCCCUGUGGGCAUGCUGUGUAGCAUAAACCCAUGUUCAUGUACAGUAUGUAGAGUUUUAGUGCUCUCCAGAUAUUUAACAUUACUCUUAUUCCGUCCAAUAUGAGUGAUUGCUCUAAGACAGUUUAAGCUGUAAGUGUGCUGUAAACCAUUCUCAAUACAUGGCAGGCUCUGUGAAAUAGAUAAUUUAAAAGUAAUAUAUAACAUGACUGUAUUGAUCAAUUUACCUUGCAUGCUCUGCUGUUCCUUCCAAUCAUGUCUACAUGUAUGUGUAUGAUUCUAUGUUUAUCAAGUUAGCAAUGCAGUUUUAUUUUAAUAUGUAUUUAUUUGUUUGUUAACUUUAUUCUUGCCAAGUAAAGAAAGGCAUGCAACCAUCUUUUAUCGGUCAGAAAAUGCAUCAAUCAUUGAAAAGUGACGUCCAUCGUAAAAUUCCUUGCUGUAUUUACAAAUUUCAUCAUUACCAAACUACCAAAGACACAUGCAGUCCUUUAUUUGAUAUCGUUAGAAGAAAAUGUCUUAGAAAGGGAGAAAUUCUGUUAAAUAGUUGAUACAGGGAUUUACCAAAUACUUCAUGGUUUGUUCUGGAAAUCAUGCAUGCAACUUGCCGCAUCUGCAUAGGCUGUCAGUGAGCAUUCAACAUUGUUAUACCUCAAUUGCGUCACCAAAUGGACUCAACGCCGACUCUAAACCAGACAUGUCAACCUCUGGAGUUCAAAAACUGUAUUCUAUAAUCCCAAAAGUUGUAUUUUACUGACAAAAGUUGCAUUCUUAAAAAUAAACUGGAUUUUUCCGCGGAUCAAUGCCUGUUACAGUUCCUACAUGUACAUACAGGAAGAAUUUGUUUUAUAUUUUUAAAUCGUAUUUUAUUGAGGAAAAUCGUACUGUCGUAUUCGCUUCUAAAAAUCGUACAAAAUAUGACUAAAUCGUACUGGUUGGCAGGUCUGCUAAAUCAAAUCGACUUUUUGCCAUUAUAAUAAUUGUUUGAUCAGUCUAUCGUCUAUUGUCGGUCUCUAUACAAUUUCAGUAUUCAUGCCUCAUUGCUCAUAUCCAAAGAAGUUUCUGAUUUACAUUUGAAGACUUGCUCAUAAAAGAUGGGCUAACCCGCUGUAGGAAACCGCUGCAGCAAAAUAGAAACUGUAAUUAAAAAGGUCAAGUAGGGGUGAGAAACAAGUAGAUGUGUGCAACAAAGAACCCAGAGCAUACUCAUUUUUCUGUGUGUGAAAAGAUUAAGAAUAUUAGCAGCUCUCUGCUCUAUGUGUAUGACAUUUUAUUUUGCUCCAGCAGUUUCUUAAGGUGCUCAACCCUUGACCCUAUAGAGCAGUAACGAAACUGCAGUAAAGGUAAAGCAAGGUAGUGCAAUGAAUAGGUGCUGAAAGUCAAUGAAAUUGAAAUUUAAAAUUGUGACAUCUUUGCUCCUGUGAUAUUUACCUGAAUUAUGUCUGGGUGUUUCAACUUGAUCAAGUGAAAUAACAAUGUUACAAAUCAACUGCUUUCAAGUUGGCUUUUAAAAGGAGACAAUAAAAUGAUUAGUAUUUCAUUUUAUCAAAAUUUAUUUUAGCAGACACAUUAGCGAAUGUGCUGAAAUUUCUGAUAGCAGUGUGCAAUAUGUCAAGUUAUGGAAAGCUGUAAUCCUUUCUGAUUUCAAUUAAUUCAUGUUCUACCUAGGUUGGGACUACUUUCAUGUACGUAAAAUAGCAUACAAUAAUGACUAUGGUAUACUAGAAAUACAGUUUGAAUGAAUCUUUCAAGUUAGGCCACAAUUUGCUCUUAAUCAUUAAAUGUUAUAUGCUGUGUAUUAGGGCCCUAUCAAAUCCCUAUUGUAAUCAGAGAAAACCUAGACCAUUAGUUCCCCAUUUUCCUAGUACCGGUACUAAAAAUCAGGGAAUCCACUUUUGUAAUGUAACCAAAUGUAAUGCAUACAUCUUUGUUUAAUAAUUGCCUUGAAACAAAUUCUAUCAUUCACCUACAUGUUCUACAAAUUAUUGUAUCUCAAAUGUCAGAAUACAAAUUGUUGCUAAUUAAAGGUGCUGUAUCCCUUUUGCAGCCAACAUCAAAUUCUGUUGAACUUUGCAGGAAUGAUGAAUAUGUUACAAAAUUAUGUCCUAUCUGUGAAAUUUAGACAUUAGCGAAAAUCAAGAAGUUUUGUUUUUACGAAUUGCUGGCAACCAUGUUCUGUGAUUACUCUUGUAUGAUAUGGUAAUCUUUGAAGAAAAGGAGAGAUUUUAAAGAUAAAUGUGAGUUCUGGUCAUCCGAUUGCAUUGUGAAAGAAAAGGUAUGGAAUUGAUCAGAAAAGGUUGAUCAUCUAGCAUAUAAGUAUUGGUGUGUACUGCAAGGUUCUGGAAUCAUCAAAAUCAUAAUAAAUUUGGCCCAGUCUUGGUAAAGUAACAAGCACUGUACACAGAAAGAUGCAUAUGGGACUACACAAAUGGUGUUGGGGUACUAACCUUAAUUUCCUAAUAUUUCUAUGCUCAUUACUCAGCCAGUAUACAUUUUCUACCAAAAUUGUUUGGCAAAUGACAUUUAUUUGUAAUCUUGAACAUUCAGUGUUAUAUUCGUUUGAUUCUGAGAGAAUUAAUUUUCUUUUUUUUUACCAGAACUCGCCUUUAUCUUUAAUCUUUGAAGAAAAAGAGAGAUUUUAAUACAGAUGUCUAAUAUCAUAAAUGCUGCACGUUAGAUAAAAUUAUGUUGUAAUCUAUUAAGGUUCCUCUUUCCUAAUUCGUUAUUAGUAUUAUAUAUAAAUGUAUACGGUAAUGUUUAAAUUAGAACUAUCAGUUACACUUCGUCAAUGCAUCUUUAUUUUAUUUUCAUCAUUGAUUUGUUUGGAAGGAUUUUACAAUAAAUUGUUCUUUAACAAAGAAA